AUGACAACAGCACGAGCCUAUGCACCCUUGCGCUUAAACUGUUGGACGGCUUUUGAGUUGCGCUUCGUCACGCUCCGGGUACACGGCGAGUGUUUUCGGCUAGCCGGAAGGCAUUGUUCCGGCGUCAAACUCCAGCAGGUCGCUACCGGCAGCAUGAUGUGCAACUGCUUGGAGCGAGCACGUAUGCCACUCCUGCAAGAGGGGUCAAAUGGCAAGGCCAGCCGCCGAAAAAUCGCGGGGCGCCUGGUUGAGGUAUUGAAUGACCACUACUUCAAGGAGCUUCGCGAAAAACACAAGGUGCCGGAAGACUUCCUAGAGAGUGGGGAGACAGAGGCCCUGAACCUGGAGCUCCCGAGGAUGGAGUCGACACUUGGCAAAGGAGGCAGCGAGCAAUUCAACAGCAGUUGCCGGCGCUAUGUGGUAAAGACGCUCUCGAAGGAUGACCACAAGGCAUUGCUUCGACUGGCCGGCCCACUGGUGGAAAGAAUGCUUCACAACCGCACCCUGAUGUGCCCGAUCUAUUUGCACUUCAAGGACGUUGCCACAGGCCGCUUCUUCAUGGCCAUGCGCAACCUGACAGAGGUUGGACCUUGGGCAGUGAAAUACGACCUCAAGGGCUGUGAUGAUGACAAGACUAUUGAGCUCAAUGGCAAGCCCAUCAAUCCGGUCCGGAAGCGCUUCUAUCGCCCACACAUGUGGUGCCAGUGCAUGUGGUCACCCGAGCGAUGGUUGUACUAUCAGGGCAAGGUUCAGGCAAGAUCGUUGCGGCUUGGCGUAGCUGACUCCCAUCGCGAGGAGGUGAUGCAGCUCAUCAAGUCUGAUGCAGAUUGGCUGAUCAGCCACAACGUCAUGGACUACUCCUUGCUGGUUGCCGUGCGGCGGCUGCCCCCAGAAGUCGCCAAGAAUUGCGGAGCAGGAGGCCUUGACUCCGUGGCUUCUCGCGGCGAAGCGGCAAGUGGCUUGCGUCGAUGGGCCAUGCUCGAUAAGACGACGGGGGAACUGGUGGUGCUCCACUUGGGCAUCAUCGAUUUUCUGCAGCCUUGGACACCAAGCAAAGUGGCCGCCAUGUACAUCAAGUCAUUUGAGUUCAACAAGGCAGUUAACACGUUGUCCUUGCAACCGAUACCGCCUGGGCAGUGA